CAGUCCGCGCCGCUCCAGGGUGGCUGCCGGCCGGGGCACAGACAGCGCGUGGCGCCGCGGCUCGGAACCCACGCCGACGGGGUGAGAGGUCACUGACGGUCUCCCGGUCUGUUCGCCGGCGCUCGGAUUACACGGUGCCGAAUGUGUCGGCUGUGGACGUCGGUGGUAGCGAGAGGGGAAGGUAAGCUGUGUAAGCAGAACUGAAGGUGGUCGAGUGUGGGUUGGAGACGGUGCAGAUUGCAGAGACGUCACGGACACGACGCAGACGUCACAGAGACGGCGCAGAGACGUCACAGAGACGGCGCAGAGACGCGCGGAGACAUUCGGAGACUGCUGAUCGUCCAGACGGAGAUGAGAAACCAAUAGAUUGACUGUUGGCCUUCCGUCUCUGAACAUCGGCAACGGAACUGAGCACAGCUGUUGGUGUGAGGACAAUGACAGGAUUCAGGCGCUCACAGCGCUCUGGGCCGCCGCCGCCAUGAGGUGCCGCCAUGAGAGCCCGGAGCGGCAGUGGCCGGCCGCGAGUCAGUGUCUCCGUGGUGACCGAGCCGACGUCUGCCUGGAGGAGGGCCGUGCAGCGUCUGCGCAGCGUCGGCAGUCAUGUGGGCCUGCUUCUGCUGCUGGUCGUCUACACCGCCGGAGGAGCCAAGAUAUUUCAGGACAUAGAACUACCCAGCGAGACGGCAGAGUUUGAUCGGGUCUACAACCACGUGAUGGCCCGGCGUCACCAUCUGGUGUGGAAGAUCGUCAACAACACUGACGUCAUCAACCUGGACCGGCUGGUCGGGAGCCUGCUACAGGAGUACGAGACCGAGCUGCUGCGAGCGGUUCGCUCGGGCGUGGACGUGACGCCCGGGCAGCCGGUGCACAAGUACAAGUGGACCUACAUACAUUCCGUGUUCUUCUCCUCCACUGUGCUGACCACCAUCGGUUACGGUAACAUGGCGCCGCGCACUACGCCCGGCCGCCUGUUCUGCAUGCUGUUCGCCCUGAUCGGCAUCCCUCUGACGCUCUCGGUCAUCGCCGAUCUCGGCGCGCUCUUCGCCACAUCGGUCUCGACGCUGUACGCCCGGCUGGCGAAGCGCGCCCAGGCGACGGCCACGGCGACGGCGACGGGCGGCGACUCGAGGUCGGUCGCCCAGCUGACAGAGCGGCAGGAGAGAGCGCUCACCCUGCUGGUGGCCCUGGGGUCGCUGGUGCUGUACAUCGCCGUCGGCGGCGGCCUGUUUCUGCUGCUCGAGGACUGGCCGUUCUUCGAGUCGUUUUACUUCUGCUUCGUUACCAUGACGACCAUUGGCUUUGGCGACUUUGUGCCAGAGAACUCGGAGUACAUGCUGGUGUGUACUCUGUACAUUCUGGUGGGCUUAGCGUUGACUACAACCAUCAUAGAAAUUGUACGCCGCCAGUACGCACAAUCUUGGAGACAGAUGAAAAUGCUAACGUCCCGAAUACAGAGCCUCUCCGGGCCUCUGGCCGAGCACCUGAAGAAGCUCGGCGAGCACGGACACGGCGUCACGGUCGACGGAGACCUGGUGCGCGAGCUCAAGGAGCUGCGGAAAACGAUGGCCAGCGCGCGCAUCCGCGACGGCCUUGGCUGGGACGACGCUGAGCUGGACGCUCUGAGGCCGCCGCCGCCCGUCGUGCAGAUCGUUAUAUACGAGAGCAAUGUGUGACCCCGCCGGAAAAAAUAGGGCACAAACUGACAAACUGACUGAGUGGUGGGUGUCGGUGAGGUCUUGGAGUAAGAGAAGCCUCAGUGAGGCCGACUGGUGCGGUAGGUAGGUGGAAAAGUGGGAUGGAAUGUAGGCACUGGGAAUUCCGGAUUGCUAGGCGCCUGAGAAGAGAUCGGAAAUGCUAUUACAGAAACGGCAAGAUUGUGGUGCUUGCGGAAAGGAGCGAACAGAACAAGACUUUCGUAGUUACUGACAACAACAAUGCACUAAAAAAUAUUGCGUGACAAGGGCCGAAACCUGGCCGAUUCCCGGUCUGCAUUCUUUGCUAAGAAGGAAAAAAAACAGAAAGGCAUGCCACUCAGAAACCAGCAAUAUAAAACUGCUAAAGACCAAGUCCAUCCUGAAUGUAUGUCGAAAAAAUGCAUUAUUCACAUUGUAUUCACAUUGUUUCGGAACUUUCCCCAAUCGACUUGGGGCUAUUACAGUUCCAAAAGGAUCGGUAACAGCGAAAAACAGUGGCAUCAUCACAUCAUACAUAGUGAGCACAACACAAAUGCCGCAGCCUUAAUCAACAUAACGAAAAAUGAUAAUAAUAAUUGCUAACAAUUACAUUGCAGGCUGCACGUUGAAUGUAACAUAAAGUGGGAUGGUUGUUCGAGAUGUUCACAGCCACAUUCAAAUACACUAACGUACAUGUCAUCAAGAACGCAGGUAUUUAGAUUGUCUGUCCAGGUCGGUCACAUACAGGGUGUCCCAAAAGUAAGGUCAUGAUUUAAAACUUAAAUAUCUCGAGAAGUAAGAGUCCGAAUCACUUCCAAUUUUAACACGUGCAAGGUACAUCCAUAAAAUUAUUUUCUUGCAUGCUUAAACCAUUUUUGAUCAUAACUACACCGAGCAGUAGGCAUAAAACUGAGAAGGUCGAAAUUCAACUCUUAGAGAGGGUCCGUCAUUAAAACAAAGGGUAAAUACCGCCCAGUUUUCGGCCCUAAGCAGACCCUAUCAGCUCGCCCUAUCUCUGAACUCAAUUAGCGACUAGUACUGAAAAACUUCAUUCACAUGUGGUCAGCCCUCGUCGAAAAAAAAAACACCCGAAGUAGUGUUCAAUUGGUAGAAACCAAGGGUCGGGAGGUGACCUCCCGACCCUUGGUUAAGCCGCCGUCACGCCAUGUAGAGAACUACACAACAAACGCCAUCGAGGUCGACGUAGUUUGUUCCUUUGUGAGGAUUAGCAGAGUGGAAAUCACGCAAAGCUGGAGCUCUGAACGCGCAAGUUGGCUGGAAUUGGACUGGGAGUGACGAUAUCCGAAUGCAGAAAAGACGGCUAACUUUACGCUAGCGAGAAAAGCUCGAUCUCCAAGUCGUGGUGAACUCGUGUGGUGGCCGGUGGGAAAGUUAAGUGGCGAGAAAGUUCGGUGUGAGGAAGUUAAAAUGAGAGCCGAUCGAGAUCACUUUGCAUAAUGCAUGUGUGUAUAUUACCUUCAUGUGUCACAGCUCUCUAAAUCACACCCGAGAGGAUGGUGAGGAGAGAGUCACCACAAUGUGUGCACCUGCAAUGCCUGCUCCGGCAGCCGCUGGCUGCAGAUGCGUGUCGUAAUUUGAGCCGAUUAAUUUGGCAAGCACAUCAAGUGUGUCCUCACUGCCAGUGUCACCCCUUUGCCGCCCCCGCUGUUCUUUCGCCAUCCUCUCUCCUCUCUUUCCCGCUCGUGUCGUUCCCUCCCAGCUCGUCCGUCUCUCUCGCUCGCUUGCGGCUACUCUUGCCGAACCGUGCCCCGCCGGCAGGGGUUGUCACUCGCUCAAGCUGCUCCUGGGCCGCCGGAGCAGUUCCGUUAUUGAUGGCCGUCCGGCUCGUUAUUGAUGACUGCUCCGCUGUCGGCGCUAAUGUCCCGCAGGAGAGCCAUCGGCCACAUGUUGACUCAUGACUCGCAAUGACUCCCGACUCCCCGCGCGCGACGCCCAGCGGCACGGGGCGGCACGUGCCUGGUCGCGGGCCUGCUCGUGUGGUGAUCUUCGCAAAGUGGUGUGCACGUAGCGUGUGUGCGUCUUUUGGCACAAAAUGACUCACGGGACAGUUGACAUGGCACGAGUACGAUUGGAAUUGAUAUCUAGCGGGUCAACUCUCAUUAGCGGAUUGUGACGCAUGAGCGAGCUAACGUCAAUCGUAGAGACACGGUUGCAUAUGAAGCACUCGGAGGGACUCAAUGAGUUGUACACUGGAAUGACAUGUAGGAAUGGCAUGUUGUGUUAGCUCAGUUAGAGCGCUUUCAACGUUAUUAUACUGAUCGGCAGUAUACUGACUAUAGUCACUAUCUAGAAUAAGUCUCAACUACCAGAGUACCACAUGAAUGCUGCGUUUUCGCUUCGUUCCAAUGUGCGUGAGUGUGCUGAGUGUUCCCUGAAAUUGAUUGUUGGAUGUUGAAGCAGGCCGCACUCUGAAUAUAGACGAACUUACUUACGUA